UAAUUAAUAUUUGCAUAUGUAAAAUACGAGGAGUGCCUUGACGUAGUUCAAAGUCCGACUUUAUAAGAAGCCUUGAUCUUCCUCGCAAAUUCGAAUACGACUGUUCCAAAUCAGACUGACUCUUUCCCGCUCCGUCUUCGCCAUUGACGUUUGUGCGACUGACAUCGAAGCUUAAGAAGAGGAACAUAAGAACGCAGAUUUUCGAGAAAAUACAAAAGAAGAUAAGGCGAAGAUGCGGAUUCAAAACUCACUACCCCUUGCCUUGUUCCUCUCGACGCAAAGUGUUGCGGCGCUCGAUUUUGAUCUCAACCACCCAGAUACCAUUGAAGCUGCUGCCAAAGUUCUCGUUUCAAGCAUAACAACCCCUUACAACACCACAUUUUCCUCCAAACCAACCUUUCCCCUACCCGACAACCCCAAUCCAUAUCCAGCCUGGGUACCGCCGUCCGCGUGGACCGCGCUUAUCGAAUAUGCGCACCUUUCCGGUGACACAUCAUUCAACACACUCGUCGCGUCUGCGCUUCAAGAGCAAGCUACAGCAACAGACGGAUGGACCAAGCCGGAACUCAGCAAUGUAGAGAUGAGCUCUUGGGCGAUCGCCGCGCUGACGGCACUCGAGACUGGGCUUGAGGAACCGAGUGACGAGAGUAAAUCAUGGAUUGAUCUUGCGAAGGGUGUUUUCGAAAUGCAGGUUACGCGAUGGAACGAAGACAGUGCAGCAGCAUGCUCGGGCGGGCUUUUUGCCGGAGGCAGCGAUGGUGGAUCUGGAAAACCUGCGUUUGCGAACACAAACUUUUUCCUCCUUGCUUCGAGACUUGCGCUGGCUACUGGUGGUGAGGAUCCGGUGUUUGUGGAAUGGGCCGAGAAGGUAUGGACGUGGAUUGAAGGGACGAUGGUGGACAAGCAGAGUUGGAGCGUGAACGAUCUGAGCGUUGGAAGUGAUGGAAAAUGCGAGAUUGAUGGGGUAUGGUUUAGGGGGUAUAGAGAUCGUGCUAUUCUAAUUGAGGGAGUUGCAAACCUGUGGAAUUUGACCGCCGCUUCUACUGAAAAUUCGACCUGGACUGCUCCUCUCACUUCCCUGACAUCUGCGCUCUGCGCUACCGACUCCCCCGAGUGUCGCCCCGCAGCCACAGACAGCGAAGAUCAAACUGUAGACUACAUAAUACGUGGUUGCGAAUCAGGUGCAACAGGACAAUGCCCGUUCGACAACAGAGCUCUAAAAGGGCCUUGGAUCCGUAGUCUUGGACGCGCCGCAUCCUUAGUGUCGUCAUUGACGGAUGCCGAGGAGCGCCUAACGCGCAUCGUGGACGCGUCGGCUCAAGCUGCUGCGAGCCGGUGUCGCCCGCGGGAAGGUGAGGGCGCAAGUAUUGGUUGCGAUGUCAAGUGGUACAAGAGUUGCAACACGCCUGAUGGAUGGUGUAUGGGAGCAAUGCCGCCUACAGUUGAGGUUGGGGGGCUGGGAGAGGUUCAUGCUGCACUGGAGGCUGUGCAGGGCGUGUUAUGGACGACGUGA